CCAAGAGGGAGUCAAAGGUCACAGAUCCAUCCAUGGAAACACCUGGAGUUCCUGGUGAUCUUCUUGCAACAUUUUCUAUGGAAGUGAAAGAUAUCCUGGAAAAGAAAUAUAAAUGCAUAUGCGAGGGUCUGGCUGAGCAAGGAAACCAUAUCUUUCUGAAUAAGAUCUACACAGAGCUCUACAUCACAGAGGGUGGAAGUGGAUGGGUCAAUAAUGAACAUGAGGUGAGACAGAUUGAGAUGAUAUCCAACAAACCCAUCACACAAGAGACUCCAAUCAAAUGCAAUGACAUCUUCAAAACUCUACCUGGACAAGACAAACUUAUCAGAACUGUCAUGACAAAGGGAGUUGCUGGCAUUGGAAAAACUGUCUCUGUGCAGAAGUUCAUUCUUGACUGGGCAGAAGAAAAAGCCAAUCAGGAUGUUCAUUUCAUAUUUCCUCUACCUUUCCGAGAGCUGAAUUUGAUGAAGAAUGACAAAUGCACUUUAAUGCAGCUGCUUCACCCCUUUUUACCGGGAAUCAAAGAGUCUGGAUCCUUUAAAAUUGAGCGUAAGAAGGUUGUGUUCAUCUUUGAUGGUCUGGAUGAGUGUCGAUUUCCCUUAGAUUUCAAAAAUAAUGAGAGCUGGUAUGAUGUCACAGAGCCAACAUCAGUGGACGUGCUGCUGACAAACCUCAUUAAGGGGAAUCUGCUUUCCUCUGCUCUCCUCUGGAUCACCACCCGACCAGCAGCAGCCAAUAAGAUCCCUCCUGAAUUUGUCCACCAGGUGACAGAGAUACGAGGGUUUAAUAAUCCACAGAAGGAGGAGUACUUCAGGAAGAGAUUCAGAGAUCGCAAUCUGGCCAGCAGAAUUAUCACACACAUAAAGUCAUCAAGGAGCCUCUACAUCAUGUGUCACAUACCAGUCUUCUGUUGGAUUGCAGCCACUGUUCUUCAGCAAAUGAUGGGUAAGUCAGACAGUGGAGAAAUCCCUAGGACUCUGACUCAAAUGUACACAAAUUUCCUGCUCAUUCAGGCAAAUGUGAAAAAUCAAAAGUACCUGGGAAACAGUGAGACAAAUUCACUUAAUAAAACCAUUCUGAAACUGGGGAAGCUGGCAUUUCAACAGCUGCAAAAGGGAAAUCUGAUUUUCUAUGAGGAAGACCUGAGAGACAGUGGCAUUGAUGUCACUGAGGCUUCUGUUUACUCUGGGGUGUGUACCGAGAUCUUUAGACAAGAGCCUGGGAUCCAAAAACAGAAAGUGUACUCCUUUGUGCAUCUGAGCAUUCAGGAGUAUCUCGCUGCUUUGCAUGUACUGCUGUCAUACAGAAACAAAAACAAAAAUGUACUUGACCACACCUUCAGUCGUGGUUUUUUUAGAUUCAACCCAUAUUCCAAACUUUCUGUGUUGCUCAAGACAGCAGUAGAUCAGGCCUUACAGAGUGUGAAUGGACACCUGGACCUUUUCCUGCGCUUCCUUCUUGGCCUCUCACUGGACUCCAAUCAGACUCUCUUACGAGGCCUACUGACACAGACAGGAAGCAGCUCACGGAACAUUGAGAAAACCGUUCAGCACAUUAAAAAGAAGAUCAGGGAGAAUCCGUCUCCAGAGAGGUCCAUCAAUCUGUUCCACUGUCUGAAUGAACUGAAUGAACAUUCUUUGGUAGAAGAGGUCCAAAGUUACCUGAGCUCAGGAGGUCUUUCAAGAGAGAACCUCUCACCUGCACAGUGGUCAGCUCUGGUCUUUGUGUUGCUAACAUCAAAAGAGGAGCUGGAUGUGUUUGACUUGAAGAAAUACAUCAGAUCAGAUGAAGGUCUUCUGAGACUGCUGCCAGUGAUCAACACCUCUAGAACUGCCUUGCUGAGCAACUGUAAUCUCAGUAAGGAAUGCUGUGAAGCGCUGGCUGAGGCUAUCAGCUCAAGCUCUUCCAGAAUUAGACAGCUGGACCUGAGUGACAAUGACCUGCAGGAUUCAGGAGUGGAGCUGCUCUCUGCUGGACUGGGGAGUCCACACUGUAAACUGGAGAUACUGAGGCUGAAUAGGUGUAACCUCACUAAGGAAUGCUGUGAAGCGCUGGCCUCAGCUAUCAGCUCUAACUCCUCCAGUCUGAGAGAGCUGGACCUGAGUGACAAUGACCUGCAGGAUUCAGGAGUGGAGCUGCUCUCUGCUGGACUGGGGAAUCCACACUGUAAACUGGAGACACUGAGGCUGAACAGCUGUAACCUCAGUGAGAAAUGCUGUAAAGCUCUGGCCUCAGCUAUCAGCUCAGACUCCUCCAGUCUGAGAGAGCUGGACCUGAGUGACAAUGAGCUGCAGGAUUCAGGAGUGGAGCUGCUCUCUGCUGGACUGGGGAAUCCACACUGUAAACUGGAGACACUGAGGCUGUCACUGUGUAGAGUCACAGAGAGAGGCUGUGUUUCUCUGGCUUCAGCUCUGCAUUCAAACCCCUCCCACCUGAGAGAGCUGGAUCUGAGCUACAAUCACCCAGGAGACUCAGGAGUGAGAGCACUCUCUGCUGGACUGGAGGAUCCCAACUGUAAACUGGAGAAACUUAAUGUGGCCCAUGGCGGUGUGUGCAGGAUCAAACCAGCGCCAAGGAAGUGUGCCUGCCAGAUCACACUGGAUCCCAACACAGCACACAGAAACCUGUCCCUGUCUGAGGGGGACAGGAAAGUGACACGGGAGAGAAAGGAGCAGCCAUAUCCUGACCAUCCAGAGAGAUUUGACUUCUGGCCCCAAGUGCUGUGCAGGGAGGGUCUGUCUGGGCGCUGCUACUGGGAGGCUGAGUGGAGUGGGAGUUGGGCCCGUAUUGGAGUGGCAUACAAAGGAAUCAGCAGGAAAGGUGGGGGUGACGAUAGUUUCCUUGGGCACAAUGACAAGUCCUGGUGUUGGUCCUCCAGAAACUACUCUGUCUGGCACAAUAAACUGGAAUCUCCCAUACCUGUCCCUCCAUCCACCUCCUGCAGAGUAGGAGUGUACCUGGACUGGCCAGCCGGCACUCUGUCCUUCUACAGCGUCUCCUCUGACACAGUGACCCUCCUGCACACAUUCCACACCACAUUCACUGAGCCCCUUUAUCCUGGGUUUUCUCUUGGGCCUGACUCCUCAGUGUCCCUGAUCCAGCUGGAAUAGACUCCUUUGUCCUGGAGGAACACCCGUCUCCUCAGUG